AAUGAAACAAUAACUUUCACAGAGGAAGUACUAUAAGUAGUAGCUCCAAAUUAAACUGAAAAAUAUAUCAAAUUCACUUUCAUAAAAAGUUAGUAUCCCAUUUCCAGCCAUGGGAUUCUUGAAAAUCAUUCUAUUUUGCAUUGUUUGCUCUUUCCCAUGGCCUAGUUUCCAGAGUGAUUUAGAGACUUAUAUAGUCCAAGUUGAACCACCAGAAACCCAAAUUUGUACUCAAUCAUCAUCAUUGGAUUUAGAGAGCUAUUACCAUUCUUUUUUGCCUAAAACUACAGCAAUUAACUCAAGGGACAAUGAAGAGCCAAGAAUGAUAUAUUCCUAUCACAAUGUGAUGAGAGGCUUUGCAGCUAGAUUAACUGCAGCACAAGUGAAGGAAAUGGAGAAGAAACAAGGCUUUUUUUCUGCGCGGCCACAGAGGAUAUUGUCCUUGCAAACUACUCAUACUCCAAGUUUUCUUGGUUUGCAACAGAACAUGGGCUUGUGGAAGGAUUCCAACUAUGGGGAAGGCGUGAUCAUUGGAGUUUUGGACACUGGGAUUUUCCCUGACCAUCCUUCAUUUAGCGACGUUGGGAUGCCUCCCCCGCCUGCUAAAUGGAAAGGAGUUUGUGAGUCCAAUUUCACGACAAAGUGUAAUAACAAGAUCAUAGGACUCAGGUCUUUUCGAUUAUCUGAAGGUUCCCCGAUAGAUGAUGAUGGACAUGGUACACACACAGCUAGCACAGCUGCAGGAGCUUUUGUGAAAGGUACCAAUUUCUUUGGGAAUGCAAAUGGCACAGCAGUUGGUGCUGCCCCUCUUGCCCACAUAGCCAUAUAUAAAGUAUGCAGUUUUGCUACUUGUAGUGAAACUGAUACUUUAGCUGCCAUGGAUGCAGCUAUAGAUGAUGGUGUAGAUAUCAUUUCCGCAUCUCUUGGCGGAUUUAGUAACGCUCCAUUCCAUGAUGACCCUAUUGCUCUUGGGGCGUACAGUGCAACAGAAAGAGGUAUUCUUGUUAGUUGUUCUGCAGGCAAUCGCGAGUUUGAUAGCUCUGUAGCAAAUAGUGCCCCUUGGAUUCUCACAGUUGGCGCUAGCACUCAUGAUAGAAAACUAAAGGCCUCUGUUAAGCUUGGAAAUAAAGAGGAAUUUGAAGGAGAAACUGCUGAUCAGCAAAAGACCUCCAACUCAACAUUCAUCGCUCUAUAUGAUGCUGGAAAGAAUGCAAGUGAUCAAGAUGCUCCAUUCUGUAGAUCGUGGGCGAUGACUGAUCCUGCUAUCAAAGGUAAGAUAGUCUUGUGUCGAAAAGAUGCAAGUAGUCUCACCAGUAGUCAAGGACGAAAUGUAAAGGACGCUGGAGGCGUUGGCAUGAUUCUCAUCAAUAAUCCGGAAGAUGGUGUCACUAAAUCAGCUACUGCUCAUGUCCUUCCCGCAUUAGAUGUUUCACAUGAAGAAGGAGAGAAAAUUAAGGCCUAUAUAAAUUCAACUUCAAAUCCUAUUGCUGCAAUUACAUUCCAGGGAACAGUAAUAGGAGAUAAAAAUGCUCCUAUUGUUGCUUCAUUUUCUACUCGAGGACCAAGCCGAGCAAAUCCUGGCAUCUUAAAACCUGAUAUUAUCGGUCCUGGUGUUAAUGUACUCGCUGCUUGGCCUACCACCGUGAAUAUCCCCAACAAAAACACAAAUUCUGCAUUCAAUAUUCUAUCUGGUACCUCAAUGUCUUGCGCUCACCUUAGUGGCAUAGCAGCUCUGCUGAAGAGCGCGCAUCCUAAUUGGUCUUCUUCUGCUAUUAAGUCCGCAAUCAUGACAACUGCUGACACAUUAAACCUUGCCAAGAAUCCAAUAUUAGAUGAAACGCUCAAUCCUGCUAAUAUCUUUGCAACUGGUGCAGGACAUGUUAAUCCGUCGAGAGCAACUGACCCUGGACUAGUUUAUGAUACACCAUUUGAAGACUAUUUACCUUAUUUAUGUGGUUUGAACUACACAAAUCGAGAGGUAGGUUUCAUGUUACAACGCAAGGUGAAUUGCGCGGAGGUGAAAAGUAUCCCUGAAGCGCAAUUAAAUUAUCCUUCAUUUUCCAUCAGACUUAGAUCAACUCCUCAGAUAUAUACCAGAACCGUGACCAAUGUUGGUGACGCGACAUCAACUUACAAGGUGGAGAUAGUUUCACCAAAAGGAGUUGCUGUGAAAGUUAAACCCUCCAAGCUAAACUUCUCUAUGUUGAACCAGAGAUUAACAUACCAAGUGACUUUUUCCAAGACAACCAAUAACUCAAACACUGAUGAAGUUGUUCAGGGAUUCUUGAAAUGGACUUCUAAUAGGCACUCUGUGAGAAGUCCAAUUGCAGUUGUGUUGGUCUAGUGAAACGUACAAGAUUGCCAUGAAAAAUUGACUUGUAUUAAUGCUUUCAAUCUCAAAUGCAUAAUAAACUACUCAUUUUUGAUAUUAGUAGAAUGCUGUUAAUAUA